GCUCGUGCUCUUUGUGAUGAGUGUGAGUGUCUCGCGCCCCUUCCGAGAAACACGUCCACAGCUGUGAAUAUUUGUGCGGGGGAAAAGACACAAGUUUGAUAAUUGCUCAUGACUGGAAUGCCCGCUAAAAAAAAAAGAACCGAAAAAGCCACGUGAAUGGUGUGUGAAAAAGAAAGAAAAAAGAAAAAGAAGAAACGCGGCGCGUUGUAACCCCGCGCGUCACAAGAAGGCGUGAAAACUGCAGAACGCGUUAUUUCGCUACGGAUUGUGAGAGUGUGCGCGCGUGCCUGUGUGUAGGUGUGCGUUCGCGUGUUUGCACCCGUUUGUGUUUGUAUUUCACCGGUUUUGUUUCUUUACAAAAAACACAAACACACAAAAAAAACUUGGAAGUGUGUGGAGGUGUGUGUUCGAGAAGGAUACGCGAGACGGUCGUUUUACUGGAUUAAAGCUUCAGGAUUUCUAAGAUGGAUCAGAGGAUUGGAAAUUUACUCCUUGUGCUUAUUCUAAGCGUUCGUGGUCAUGAAACAGAUGGUGAUCGUGACUUUAAGAUGUGUGGAACGUGGAAGCAUGCUAAUGUCUUGCGAACCCUGCAUUACGAUAUAAAACAUGGAUGUAGCGGCAUCGUCAUUGCAGCUAAUGCAAGCACUCUGUCCAUCCAGGGCUCAGUAACAGCUCAGUGUCAUAUCUCUGAUGUUCAGAAGCUAAUUGCUUCUCAAAGUUCCUCCACUUCCUUUUGUGUGUUCUGGGAGCCACUGCUGGACCAGCUGAUGGUGGAGGUGGACAAGGAGAACUUCACUCUCUGUAAACCUAGAGAACUACAAGCCAAUUGCUGUACAUAUUUGUCUUCUGGAGAACAGAAGUCUUCCCAGCUAUAUGGAAUUGAGAGUGGCAGCAUACAUGGGGAUUUUUUAAGCGAAAAAGUCAUAGCUGAGUACGAGUUUAAAGGCGACUGGUUGAACUGCAAGGAAUACUUCUGCAAUAAGGCAGCUCAGGAGUCACGAGGAGCAAACAUGAUAGAGGAGGCUGUCCUGAGGUCAUCUGAGCUUGGUGCCAUUUAUCUGCCAUGUGCUCAGACUACUGUGAUCGAGAUGAAGGAAGAUUUUGCUGGAUAUAAUGUCACGCUGCCUGCUCCGAGGGGCGUACCACAAGAGAGUAUCCCAGUAGUGCACUUACCCGCCUGCCUUAAACCCGCAAAGACAAAAAAAUCCAAAGUGGUCUGUAGCUUCUACAAGAACAGCACAUUUUUCAAGAAAAGUUCUCAAAAGAUUUUGACAGACGUUGUUGGGAUUUCGGUGAAGAAUGAGAUCAUCACAAACCUCCCAGAGCCUCUCAGAAUCAAGUUUCAUCACUCGGUACUUAAGAAAACAGAGCGUAGCAAAUGCGUCUCCUGGGAUACAAGAAAAGAUAAUGAGGUUGUGUGGCGGGAGACAGGUUGUGAAACAUACCGCCACAGUGAAGUCGAGACGGAGUGCUGCUGUAAUCACCUCACGUACUUUGCUAUUCUUGUGGAUGUGAACCCUACAAGACGUUUACGUCACCUGGAGGCCCUGACCUACAUUACAGCUGUGUGCUGCGCCAUAUCCAUUGUCAGCUGUGCCAUUCUCUUUGUAUCGCUCUGCAGACAGAGGAAAUCAAAGAACCAGUCGAGUCUGGUGCACCGUGGUCUGGUUGUAGCCCUGUUCCUCCUUCUAGUGCUUUUUGUCUCCAAUGGCACUAUAGCGAAUGUUGCAAAUGAGAGUGUGUGUCGCAUCAUGGGCAGUCUGCUGCACUACACACUCAUCAGCGUUCUUUGCUGGAUGGCUGUAGAAGUGAUUCACACCUUCUGGAUGAUGUACAUGGUGUUUAAUCCAUCACCGAAGCCAUGGAUCUGGUACCUGCUGGGAUUUGGUUUUCCAGCUGUGCCAGUUAUUUCUCUGGGACUAGUCGGAGACAUUUACGGCCAGAGGAAAGUGAAGUCUGAUGAUGUGACAACUACUUAUCGCAUGUGCUGGAUGACAGACUCUCGCUCAGCUUUGAUGUCUCACUUUAUCAUCAACACUGGCUUGCUGGCGGCAGUGGUGAGCUCCGGCCUGAUCAUGCUUCUGCUAGUGUUCAGGAAGAUCCAUAAUCGAGACGAAUGGAGGAAGAACCGUGUGGCCUUCCUCAGCAUCUGGGGUCUCAGCUGUCUGUUUGGUUCCACCUGGACUCUCGCUUUCUUUUCUUUUGAAGCCUCAGAAACCAUCCUCUUCCUGUUCUGCAUCAUUAACUCCUUACAAGGGUUUUUCCUCAUGUUACGGUUCUUUGCUCUGGAGCGGAUGCAGAAGAAUUCUCAGUCCAGUUCUGACUUCAGCAGCACCGGUUCUACACGACAGCAAAUGCUACAAAACUCCUAAAAAGAUAAAGAUGUAAAAGUGUAUUCAUUUUUAAAAUCAGUUCUUAGAGACAAACCAUUUAUAAAGAUUUAUAUUUCAGCAUUAAACUCCUGCUGGUCAGGUACAGGGCUGUACACUUGGAAAAAAAAAAAAAAAAAAAGACCAAAAAACAAAGCUAAAUUUUCAAUUGUAUUCAGUUCCUAAAUGUAUUAAAUUUUUAAUAUUUGAUUUUACUUUGUUAUUAGCACUUUAGUUUUAUUCCUUAUGUUUUGACUACUGUUUAGAAAUACUGACUAUUUUAGAUGUAAUUAAAAUAACUGUAAAGCACAAGAAAGUUUUUUUUUCUUAAAAAAAAAAAAAAAGUUUAAAUUUUUUGUAUUAUUUAUUGGCAGAAAUCCAGGGUUAAACUUGAAACAAUUCAAGCUUUUCUUUCACAAGAACCUUGUUUAUUGUUUAUUGAACUUAAAGUUUAAAAAAAGUUAAAAAAAAUUCCAAAUAAGUAAUAUUUACACAAGGAAUGCAAAAUUCAUGAAAAGACAGUAAGCUGGAAAAAUGUUUGCAUCGUAUUGGAGAGCGAGAAAUAAAAGGAAUAAAAUUAGAGCAGUGGCUGAGCUGCGUUGCUAUAAAAUUUAGAAGCAUGUCACAUUUAUGAGGAGCUCUUUCACCGUUUAGUCAUUUUGUCUCUGCCUUUUUUAGAAUUUUGUAGCGAUAUCUUAAUGUAACUAUUUCAUAAUUUCACAGCUGAUUAGCAUGUUUCAACAUUUGUAAAUCUGGCAGGAAUGUUUAUUUCAGAAAAAAACAUGUACACAUUUUUAGUAAAAGACUAUGACCCAAUGUUUGAACAGUUACACGCAUAAAGCUGGCAUUCUAUUAAAUCUUUAAAUAGCUCAUGAUUAUAAUAAGUUAGUGUGUGAUGAGUUGGUGACAUGUUAAAGGUAUAAUUGCAGAUUUUUUUGGAAAAAGCACACUGGUAAUGCACAAAAAAAAACAAAUUAAUAAUGAGUAUAGCACAGUUUUAUAAGUCAAAGAAAGUAAAUAUUAUCCCUGGAGUAAAAGUAUUUUUACUAUUAAAAGACUAUAAAAAGUUGUGUAUAUCAUAGUGAAGAUGUAAUGAUGUUUUUCUCCAGUGAAAUGUUUAUUUCACACAUUUUUCCAUGGUGUAAAAUGUCUUGCUUGUGAGUGUUUUAAAGCUAUCUUUUGUUACCCAAUAUUAUACUGGUGAUAAAAUGGAGUUCUUCCAGAUAAACAUUAUGUAAUGUACAGCACUUUUAUUAAUUGAUUGUUUUAUUUAUGUAAUGGGUUCAUUCUUUUAACUGAACUUUAACCUCAUUUCAUGCCAUUUCAUGGUAUCAUUUUGAUUGAUUUUGAUAGUGGAAAAUUACUUAAUAUUAUAUUUUGUUAUCAGUGUUCCUGCUUUAAAACCAAAAUAUUGAAAUUUGAAAUUUAAAAAAAUUCUAAUGAGAAAAACAAAUUUGCUUAAUUUUUUUUUUUUUUACUUGAAUGUUUUUUUUAAUAUAAAUUCACAGACAAUAUAUUAAAAAAUCUGAGAUUAACAUAUUUAAUUGUUAAAGACAGGGGUGUCCAAACCUUUUUUUUCCUGAGGGCCACAUACAGAAAAAUAUACAAAGGACUGGGCCACUCACUAGACGUGUGGUAUACCGCCUCACUUUUAAUGCAAUAAUAUUGGUAAAAUCAAACCAUUGCAGGUAAAUUACGUUUGAUAAUUGCACAUGUUUGAACAAAAAAUCCUCCAUCACAGCUCUCCGUUAGUAGAUUUUCAUUUUAUUUUGGUUCCACCAUUUCUGGUGACCCUAAGCUAAUUUUUUACUUUGAUUACUUGCUAUUGUGGAUUCGCUGCCUUGUUCAAGAUAGCUCCACCUAGUGUUGAAACUCGGAAGUACAAUACAUUUAAGCGCAAAUAUUAUGUGAGUGCCAUAGACUAUUAUAUUUUUAGACUUUGAUACGGGCCAAUUAAAAAAUUAGUUUGGACACCCCUGGUUUAAUGGCUCACUUUAUUGUUCUUUGAAAACGGCAUGAAAUGAGGUUCAUGAGAUUUUUCUACACUGAAGCUGAAUUUUUUUAAAAGUAAAAUAAAUAUUGUUUUGUAUUUGUGUAUGAAUGUGAGUGAAAAUAUGUGAUGUAAUUAUGUUGUGUAGAGUGAAAAAUAAAAGCUGUUUGCGCUUUA